AUGCCCCAGGUCCAGGGAUGGCAGGGGACAACCCCGCAGAGGCUAGGAGAGGGGCAGGCGGGCGGGACCCGCACCCGUGAGCGCGCGGCCCCGCCCCAGCACCCGCCCUCCGCUGCGCUCUGCGCCCGCCGCCCCGGGGCGCACGGCUCCCUCCCAAGAGUCCCGCCGCCUGACUGUCGCAACUGCCACCCCCGUGGCCCCCCUGUCCCCCUCCCCCGCCCACGCUCCGGCCCCGCUCCCCUCCCACCCCCGCCCCCGGCUCUGAUUUCUUCUCUCCAGCGAGCUCCGCAGGAGACACAGGAGCUGGCUGCUGGGUCCGCUCUCCGCCUCCGCCGCGCCCUCCUCGCCCGGGAUGGGCCCCCCCGCCGCCACCGCCGCCGGAGCCCUAGUCUCCCGGCCGCCGCCUCGGUCGCCGCGUUUGCCCUGAAGCCCGGUGCCCGCGCGCCCCGGCUCACCCCGCAGCUUCACUCCCCACCCCACCCCGCCGCCUCCCGGGCCAGACUGCGGUAG